AGGAGUCCCAUUCGAUAGAUCAAUGUUCCAACGCUCCGCAUUCUUAUCGACGUUGCUCACAUAUGUCAUAACCUGUGGUGAAGGUGCUUCCGACCGCACACUGCUUAAGAUAUCUUAUCGUGGAGCCCCACUCGACAUUCGUCUCGUGCCAACUAUGAUAUCACAGGCUGCUGCAGUCUCUGGUGAAGGAGCAAGCUUCCUCAGCCAAGACGACCAUGAGUGCGAGAGAUGCUUUGGGCUGGAUGGCAUGAUCUACGACUUGAGAGCUGUAGGUGUCCAAAUUGUAGAGUCUACAUGCUCGGUUGGUUACGAGCAAAUUCUGAACUAUUUGAGGAAGGCUCGAGCCAUCCUAGGCAUCCAAUUUUACUGCGAGCCCGACUCUGUGGUCACCAUUAGCCCGAUCAACGGGCCGAUUAAGGCAUCAGAAACUUGUACUGGCGGCAAUCCCGUUCUUGGCACCAACGACCCCGGUUCUUCUUGCCAGCGUAACCUCGAGGUCAUCAACAUCGGACAAGCCUGGCGUUAUGCUCGCGAAGCUAAGCGCGAACUAAAGGAUAUCGUGCUGGCCAUCAGCGACACUGGAGUUGAUAUGACCCAUCCGGAUCUGGUUGGUCAGUUCUGGAAGAGCCCGAAAGAUGGCUCCAUCGGGUAUAACUUCAUCACGAACAGUAUCGAUGUUACUGAUGACAAUGGGCAUGGUACUCACUGUGCUGGCAAUGCGGCCGCCCACACUAAUAACAGCAUUGGCAUUGCGGGAUUGGCGAAUAUCAACGGCUCGGCACCAAAGGUGAAGCUAAUGAUCUUGAAGUUCCUCGAUGCCGGGGGAGGGGGAUCGUAUAGUGGCGCAGUGAGGGCCCUCAACUUCGCGGUUGAGAAUGGGGCUACAGUAUCCUCCCAUUCUUAUGGUGGUGGCUCAAGUGAUAUCGUGAGAAUUGCAUUCGAGAAUGCCGCCGCUGCUGGACAUAUCACUGUUGCUGCCGCCGGAAAUGAGGGGGCGAGUCUCGAAGCCUUCCCAACCUAUCCUUGUUGCCUCGCGAAGAAUAUCCCAUCCAUGAUCUGUGUUGCUGCCAGUACUUCCAACCCAUCCGAGAGCAUCACCUUAGCUGGCUUCUCGAACGCUGGCUCGGUUACAAAGGUUGCCGCUCCUGGUGUAAACAUCUACUCGACGAUUCCUGUUAACACUUAUGGUUAUAAGAGUGGCACAUCGAUGUCGACCCCUACAGUUGCCGGUGUCGCCGCCUUACUCGCUACACUUGGUCUAGUGGGUGAGGACAUCACCAAUGCUAUUGUUGCAUCUAGGAAAAUUGGUGUACCCAAUCAGUUCAAUCUACGCGACAUCGGGGAACUAGACGCACUCAAUGCAACCCAUAUUGCCAUCGAUUCCAUCCGUCGGAUGGCAUCCGAGGCUACUGAAGCCCCUUGA